UAAAACGUAAUUAUAAAACAAUAACUAGACCCGCUCUAACCAGCUGCGCAACCUCUGCAUCCUCCACUCCACCAUGAUGGACCUGUACAGGCGCACGGUGACGCGUUUCCCCCUUGGCAGCGUGAGCUACAUGUUUGCCUACGGAUCGGGCGUCAAGCAGCAGGUGGGCUACAGCGAGAUCGGCGCCAAGCCGAACCCGAAUAGCGUCAUCGAUCUGGUAUUUUGUGUGCGCGACUCACUGGGCUUCCAUGCGGAGAACAUGCACCGCCAUCCCAGCCACUAUUCGGCGUUGCGGCACCUGGGUCCGCGGUUUGCGGCGCAGUACCAGGAGCGGGUGGGUGCCGGUGUAUACUGCAACACGCUGGUGCCGCUGCAGGACCUGGGUCUGACCAUCAAGUACGGCGUGGUGUCGCAGGAGAGCCUAAUCGAUGAUCUGACGCACUGGCGGCAUUUGUAUCUGGCUGGGCGGCUCCAAAAGCCAGUCACGCAUCUCGUGAAUCCCGCAGACAAUCCACUUCUGAAGACUGCCCUCGAAAAGAAUCUGCUGUCGGCCCUACUGGUGGCACUGCUGCUGCUGCCCGAAAGGUUCACCGCCUACGAUCUGUUCCUGGCCAUUGCCGGGCUCAGCUACAAGGGCGACUUCCGCAUGAUCUUCGGCGAGAACAAGCAGAAGGUCCACAACAUAGUGACGCCCCAGAUAUCCGAGUUCUUCGCCCUCUACCAGCCGUCCAUGAGCCUGCUGGAGCAGUAUCUGGCCGUCAAUAUGCACGGCCAGGAGCCGGGCUCCCGCAAGCCGGCCAUUCUCUUCGAGCAGGACAAGUCGCGCCUGGCCACGUCCCAGCACUUGCGUCGCAUGCCCAAGGAGCUGCGGCGACGCCUCCAAAGCAAUGCCGCCUGCCGCGGUGACUUUCCCGAUGUGGUGGAGCACCUGUCGAUGUCCCCGCUGCUGCCCAAGGUGCUGCAGGUCUCCGUCAACGACAUCGUGUGGCGCAGCAGUGUGUCGCAGUCGGUGAAGAACAUCGCCAGUGCGGGCGUCUUCAAGUCCCUGAUCUACAGCUACCGCAAGGCCCAGAAGACGUUUGCCGUUUAGGUCCCAUCCGAUCCGAAAUUCUCUCUUUCUCCCAUAUGCUCCCGAGGCUGCCAUUUUACUGACUAAGUUGCUUCGUCCCUCGCUUCGUUAUGUUGUUUAAUUUUAAGCACAAAAGUUGUUACAUUCAAUACAGAGACCGCGUAGCCGCAAGCCAAAGAACCCCAACGAGU